CACAGCACACACAAGUCCGGCGAGCUUCUCUCCGAAGUCCGUCCUCCCCUACAAGGCUACAACCCAAGAAGCCUCGCAGCGCCGGCCAUGGCCUCCUCCUGGUCCACCGGCCUCUUCGGCUGCUGCGACGACUUCAGCAGCUGCUGCCUGACGUGCUUCUGCCCCUGCGUCGCCUUCGGGCGGAUCGCCCACGUCGUCGACAAGGGAACCUCAUUCAUCUUGCUGCGUGCGCGGGACGGUGUACAUGCUGCUGGCGUGGGUGGGGCUGGGCUGCCUCUGCUCCUGCUGCUACCGCUCCAGGAUGAGGGAGCAGUAGGGGCUCAAGGAGAAGCCCUGCGCCGACUGCUGCGUCCACCUCUUCUGCGACCCCUGCGCCCUCUGCCAGGAGUACCGCGAGCUCAAGAGCCGCGGCUUCGACAUGAGCCUCGCUACGUGCUACACUACAAUCCUUCCUUUGUCAGCCUUGCUCAUUGCGUCGCCGUGCCGGUCACCAUUGCCGUUUGCGUUUUUAUUGACGAGUUUGCGGCGCACUUUCGGAGCUGGGUGUGUCGUGAUCAGCUUUCGUUUCUUGGCUGCUCCUGCAGGGUGGCACGCCAACAUUGAGAGGAUGGGGAAGAGCGCUCCCACCGCUGCGCCUCAGGCUUACCCGGGGAUGACUCGCUAGUCACCUAGUGUGUCUGCCAUCGAUGUGUCCAUGGAUCGAUAAUGCCGGCUUCCAGCUCAAGAAAAAAAAAGGGUGCCAGUCUACCAGCUUCUACUUUUGUGUUGUAUUGUCACGAGUUUUUUUUUUUGACUGCAAAUAGACUUUAUUUCUCAAAUAAUAGACAUGUCAUUUACAAGCAGAUGAGAAAUAAAAUCAGGGAUCUCAUCAUCCCAAGAACUCGAGGAUCUAGUAGUAAAAGAGUUCUUUGCUAAUUCAUCUGCCACCUGAUUGGUCUCUCUAUAGCAAUGUCUGAAGGAUAUGGACGCAAAGUCCAUCAUAAGUUUUUACACUCUGUGA